GCCAGCGGAGGAGGAAGAGGAGGAGGAUGAAGCAGCAGCAGCAGCGUGCAGCCAGCUGAUCUCAGAUCAGGCCGUCUAAACUGAAACUGGAAACUUUGUGAUACUUCUCUCACUCCGGAGCUUCCUCUGUUUCUUCAUGCAUCUCUGAGAAAAGACUUCCUGUCCCGCUUCCAACCAUGAGUGACAUCUACGAGUCGGCGGCAAACUCGCUGGGUUUGUUCAGCAGUCCUUGUCUGACCAAAGUGGAGCUGAGGGUCACCUGCAAAGGGAUCCCCGACCGGGACGCUCUGUCCAAACCCGACCCCUGCUUCGUCCUCAAGAUGCAGUCCCACGGACAGUGGAUGGAGGUGGACCGGACGGAGGUGAUUCGCAGCUGUGUGAACCCCACCUACUCCAAAGUCUUCACGCUGGACUUUUAUUUUGAAGAGGUGCAGCGUCUGCGCCUGGAACUCUACGACGUCAACAGCAGCCACAACGGCCUGAAGGAGGCCGACUUCCUGGGCUCGCUGGAGUGCACGCUGGGACAGAUCGUCUCUCAGAGGAAACUGUGCAAAGCGUUGCUCAGACCAGGAGGCAGCGUGGGGAAAUCCAUCAUCACGAUAACAGCAGAGGAGUUGACGGGGAACGACGACUACAUCGAGCUCUCGUUUAGCGCCAGGAAACUGGACGACAAGGACUUCUUUAGUAAAUCUGACCCGUUCCUGGAGAUCUACAGGCUGAACGAUGACGCCACGAUGCAACUCGUCUACAGAACGGAGACGGUGAUGAAUAAUCUCAACCCGGUGUGGAAAACCUUCAAAGUUUCUCUCAACUCGCUCUGCAGCGGAGACCACGAACGCAAGCUGCAGUGCACCGUGUGGGACUGGGACUCAAACGGAAAACACGACUACAUUGGCGAGUUCGAGGCCACGUUCAAAGAGAUGAGAGGAGCCAUCGAUGGACGACAGGUGCAGUGGCCGUGCUUGAAUCCGAAAUACAGAGUCAAGAAGAAGAACUACAAGAACUCUGGGAUCGUCAUUCUGAACCAGUGCAAGAUCAUCAAGAUGCACUCGUUUCUCGAUUAUAUCAUGGGAGGCUGUCAGAUCCAGUUCACAGUAGCCAUUGACUUCACAGCCUCUAACGGAGAUCCUCGGAACAGCUGCUCACUGCACUACAUCCACCCGUACCAGCCCAACGAGUACCUGAAGGCUCUGGUGGCCGUGGGCGAGAUCUGCCAGGACUACGACAGUGACAAAAUGUUCCCGGCGUUUGGCUUCGGGGCUCAGAUCCCUCCAGACUACAAGGUCUCCCACGACUUUGCAGUGAAUUUUAACGAGGACAACCCCGAGUGUGCAGGUAUCCAGGGCGUGGUGGAGGCCUACCAGGCCUGCCUCCCCAAACUGCAGCUCUACGGUCCCACCAACAUCGCCCCCAUCAUCCAGAAGGUGGCCAACACCGCCUCGCAGGAGGUCCACACCAAAGAGGCCAUGCAAUACUUCAUCCUGCUGAUUCUGACAGACGGCGUCAUCACCGACAUGGCUGACACGAGGGAGGCUAUCGUCCAGGCCUCCCACCUCCCCAUGUCGGUCAUCAUCGUCGGGGUCGGGAGCGCUGACUUCAGUGACAUGCAGAUGCUGGAUGGCGACGAUGGGAUUCUGCGAUCGCUCAAAGGAGAGCCCGUCCUCCGGGACAUCGUCCAGUUCGUCCCCUUCCGCAACUUCAAACACGCGUCUCCAGCUGCUCUGGCUAAGAGCGUGUUGGCAGAGGUGCCCAACCAGGUGGUAGACUACUACAACAGCAAGGGCAUUAAGCCCAAAGUGCCCAGGCAGUUCGGACCCUGAGCGCCCCCGCCGUAGCCGUUUUCCCCGCCACAGCUGCCCCCAGACUGCACGAGCUCUCCUGGACUGAGAAAAAUGUUUACUGUUUUUGUUGUUGUUGUUGAUGCGGAUGUUAAAAGGUGCAACAUGCAGCAUUUUACCACGAAGAAGUGGCUAAUUUUUACCCACACAAGAAGCCUGUCAGCCUCGGUACUGCAUUUUACAUUGGGAUGGCUUUUUACAGGAAGUUCUGGAUUGCUUUAUGGCACAGGUGGAAGGUUUUUCAUUACAUGUCAUCAUCACGUACAUGUAGAUACAGACCCUACUGUAGCCUGACGUGCACCAUCCCAGAAACAUAACUUCACAUUGCAGCGACGCAAACUGCAACAACUGUGAUUGGUCCGCUUGUUUGUGGCUUGCUAGCGUCGCUUGCUGGCAUCGCUUGUUCCGACUCAUUUCCGGCUGCUCCUUCUUCAUGAAAUCAUGAAGUCGGGGAGAGGGUUAACUUUUCCUGCUACAGCUUUCCGACCGCGGUCAGAAAGCAAACUUUGUUUACCACUAGAAACCAGGGUUUACACUUAUUGGUAGCUUUUGUAAGCAAAUUAGCGAGCUUUGUAGCAUUCCUUUUGGUAUAUUUUUCCUUUUCUUUUGUGAUCGUGUUUAUAAUAACAAUUGGGCCACAUCAGCAUUUGUAACAGUGACAUUUCAGAUCAGAAUCUGUUCAUUUCAGUAGAAAUGUGUGCACAGGGGCAAAGGAAAUCUAUGCAGAGCUUUCACGUAGAGGAAAUUUGCUUAGUAAACUGACACGUGCAUUUGUGGUGUAGCCAGCCGUUUUGUUGACAGUGAACAGAUGGAACAGCGUCCAAAACAAAGAAAGCUAUCAUGUUAGCUUCGUCACACCAUCCGGUUUUAUAUAACGCUCCUCUGCCAGAGUAUAAACUGCCAACAUGUAUGGUACAAUCUCUUGAAUAAACAGUCAUCACCAGGAUGCGAUUUGUGAGCAAAGCAAAACAUGCAUAAUUAAACCCACCUUUCAAUACGAUGGAUAUAGUGCCACUCGUCACAUAAAAUUAAGCGCUUUCAAGCCGGCGUCCCGGAGCUCUGUAGCAGCUAAAUACAACCAGCACGUG